UUCAGUUAAAAAAAAAAGUAUUUUAAAUUAUGGUAAAUAACAGUCCAGAUCCAGAAGAAAAGCAAUUUGAUGAUGAUUUUUUUUUAAGUAGUAAUGAAAAUAAUAUUACAAAUGAUCUUAAUUCUACUUAUAAAAUAAAUGAAUCUGAUAAUGAAGAGAAAUUAGUUAACUCUAAUAGUUCAAAGCCCUCAUCUCGUUUGCAUAGUAGAAAAUCAAGCACAAGCUCAAUCAAUAAAGUUUCUUUGCAAAAAAGUUAUCUUGGAUCUUCUGAUAGCGAAGAUGAAUUAAUGCCUUCAUCAAAAAAGUCUCAAGAAACUGAUUAUAAUAUAAAAUCAAAACCAAAUUCUGGAACAGCAAAAUUACCAGCAUCAGCUAGAUCCUCAAUUAAUGAUGUUCAAGAAAGUAGAAAUAAUUCAAGAUAUUCCAAUUAUGAAACUUCUGAUAAUAAUGAUAGAAACUCACAACUAAGUAAUACUUCACGACAGAGUGUAAGAAAAAGUUCACCAGAUUUUUCCAAUGAUGAUCAAAAGGUUUCAGCUAAAACUCAAAGCAAUGAUAAUUUUCAAAUUAAUAACAACAAACAUUAUGAUGAUACAUUUUCUGAAAAUGAUACUGCUUAUUCCAGACCUAGCUCACUAAAAAGUACAGAUCACAGUGAAGAAGAAAGUGAAAAUGAAACUUCAUUAAAUAAAACUGAAAAAGAUAAAAAUGGUUUGCCUGAAAAAAAUACUGAGAAUAAAGAAACUAAAAAAACCCAGCCUAAUCAAAAAGUUGUUCAUUCAAAUAAACCUCCACCUAAAGGAAGAAUUGCAUUUGUGUCAAGUCCAAGAAAACCAGGGGGUGCAGCUAAAGGUCGAGGUCGAGGCAGCAUAAACAAUGGUAAAAACCCAGAGAAAAAAAGUAUUGUGGCGGAUCGAGUACUUUCUGCAAAUCGAAAUAAAACACGAAAUUUGCAUAAUAUUAUUGCACAAUUGCAACAAGAAAUUAAAGAUUUAUCUUCUGAAAAUAGAUAUUUGCAAAGAUCAGCAAAGCUGCAGGAUCGUGAAAUUCGUAAGUUAGAUAAUGCUGAAGCAGAACUUCCUUUACUUUUAAAGAAACACAGUAAUGAAAUAAAUGCUAUGCAGGAGAGGUAUAGGCGUAUGAAAGAAAAAGCAGAACAAUAUAGGAGUUCUGCAAAGAAACAAGAAGAAAUUUUAUUGAAGACACAAGAAUCGUUGAAAAAGUAUGAAGCAAUUGUAAAAGAUAAAAAGCUAGAUGAACGAUAUGCUUUACAGGAAAAGAUAAAAAAUAUGGAAAAAGAAUCAGAAGAUAAAGAUAAAAAAAUCUCAGAACUAUCUCGUAUGUUGGCUAUUACUAAAAAAAGUCACAUUAGAGAAAUAAAGGAAAUUAGUGAAAAAUAUAAAAAAGUAUUGGAUGACUUGCAUCGAUCAGAAAAUGAUUGCGCUGAACUUACUCGUAAAUUGAAGGAAAAAGAAAAGCUGCUAGAGCUAACAAACAUAUAUUCUCUGCGGGUUAAUCGUCGUAGUAGUAAAGAAGAAGAAAGGGUUAUGAUAUUUUCCCCUACAGAACCGGUCCCCCCGGCUAUAAAACGCUAUCAAGAAGAGCAACAACAGAAACAUGAAGAAUCUGAGACUUCCCGUGAAUCAAAUGCUCCCACAAAAGAUUCAUCUCAACGGCGAGCUAAACAAAAAAAAAAUCACGCUAAACUUAUAGCUAAAGAAGAAUUUGAUCAAGACAAAUCAGAUAAUGAAAUUGGAAAUAAUUUAAAAUGCGAAAUAAAAAAACACGAAGGUCCAGAGUUAUAUUCAGAAGGUCAAAAGACAGAAGAAGAACCUGACCUAAGGAUUUCAGAAAAAAAAAAGCUAAGAAAAGAAAACGAUCGUAAGAAAGAAGAAAAUUUAAAAUUAGAACAAGAAAGAAUAAACGAAGCAAAAAAACUUAUUUUCGAGGAUUUAGAAUCAAAGGACAUUAAAGAAAAAGAGGAGGAGCGAAAAAUAAAAGAGGAAAAAGCGAAAAUAGAAGAAGAAAACAAGUAUUUGCUUCAAAAGUUAAAAGAAAAUGAGGAUUUAGAAAAGCAGAGAAAAAAAGAGCUUUUGCUAGCCCGAAUGAAAGCCAUUGAUUUAGGCAUGCAUUCUGAUGAUUUCAAAGAUGAAUCUCAUAACGAUUUAAUAGCUAAACCGACAGAGGUAAAGAAGAAAGAAAAACCAAUUUUCUUACAAACUAAUUCUCCGAAUAACGAAAAAAAAUAUUUUAGUUCUAGUGAUAAACAUUUAGAAGUUGAACACGAGAGACCCUCAAAUCAUCAUAAGCCUGAAAGAAAAUUGUCAUGGGAUUUUAAGAAAACAGAUGAGAAUUUGCAUAAAGGUCUGCCUGCACACUUUGAUUCAGAUUCACCUGUCACCAGACGAAGAAAUGUUACUGAACAAACUGAGAGUUAUCCAGUUCGUGGGCUGCGUUCUGAUGACGACCUUUUUACCAAUGCUGAUCAACGGGCAAAUGGCAAACGUCAUAAAAUUAACAAUGGCAUGAGAGAAGAUUCAUUAGAAGAGUUUCCUAAAAAUAAUACAUUAAAAAAAAACUCUCCAUUUGAUAUGUUUGAUGAUCCAUUUAAUGCAAAAAAAAAGAAUACUUAUGAAAAAAAACAAAAUUUACUGAAUAAUUCAGACGAUGAGCUAAAUAACUAUUCUAGUUACCAGCCAACGAUUUCUAAUAAACCUAUGUCAAGACAGCAACGACAUACAAACAAGUUGAAUUCUGAUCGAUCUGAUAACUUUAUUGCUAAUCUUGAGGAAUUAAUUUUAAUUUAAGUUUUUACUUUUUUAAAUGUGGAUAUAGUUAGUUUUUCAAGGGAGAAAUUGUUCAAUUAACAAUAAAAUUGGAAAUUGUUUCCACAAAACAUAAGGUAAAAUAACAAAAAAUGGUGAGGGUGAGUUUAACUUCCUCCUCUACUAUCCAAUUUUUCUUAUUAUCCACAUUUCUGGUUUUCAUCGCUGCACGAAAAUCGUUUUUUUUUAUAUAAGAUAACUUUUUAUAAGUUUAUGUAUAUAAAACACUCACACACGUGUUUGUGUGUGUAUACACACACACACACACACACACUCACUCACUCACUCACACACACACA